AGUGAAGAGUUGUUAGGAUUUCCUCAAGAACUUAAAUUCAGUCAUUAUCAGAUAGUCACAAUAACAAGUUACAACAACAAUAUAUAGCUAAAACAGGCAAUUAAUCACUCUGAAAGAGAGCAUUUAAGUCAAUGCCCUGGUUUAUUGAUUAAUCAAUGUUAUUAUUCACUAUUCACCCCACACACAGCGCCGCGUGUAUACUUUUGGAACUAAUCAUUACUGACGAAUAAAGUGCCCAGCCAAUUGCAUACUUAAAUUAAACGCGCAGCAUACAAGCCUAUUAUACACAUAAUUUUUAUUUUUCAAGUGUAUUACUGUGUUUACAGUCACAUAUCAAGAUGAUGAAUGUGCAAGAUAUAAUGAAUACAUUUCCAGAAAUUCCUGAAGAUGCAUCGUUGGUUACGCCGCUGCCCGAAAAGUCAAAAAGGUUAUAUCUGAACGCUUAUGAAGCUUUUAAUAAAUGGAGAGAAGAAAACAAUUUGACUUCUUCAUCAGAGGAGGUGUUGUUGAUAUACUUCAAAGAAUUGGCCACCAAAUAUAAACCUUCCUCCCUAUGGACACAAUACUCAAUGGUGAAAAGUACUCUGAAUAUACAUGAAAAUGUAAAUGUGGAUAAAUAUCGUAAACUGACUGCAUUCUUAAAAACACAAUCACAAGGAUUUACUCCCAAAAAGGCAUGUAAAUUCACAUUGCAGAAUAUUGAUGAAUUUCUACGAACAGCAUCACAAUACAAAUAUCUACCAACAAAAGUGGCACUAAUAAUGGGUGUAAUGGGGGCUUGUCGCUCCAAUGACUUAUAUCAAAUGAAAAUUUCUGAUAUUCAUGAUCAUGGAAGUGUAUAUGAAGUAAGAGUACCAACAAAAACAUCAAAAUAUCGGAAAUUUACUAUCACUGGUUAUUAUUAUGAUAUUUGCAAGCAAUAUCUCAGCAACAGGAGACCAGACACAAAUGUAUUUGUAUUCCAACAAUAUAGAUGUGGCAAAUUCACAAAGCAAAGAAUUGGUGUAAACUCGUUCAUUAAAAUGGGCAGGGAUGUAGCCAACUUCUUAAAACUACCAAAUGUUGAAAACUAUUCUGGGCACAGUUUUAGAAGUUCUUCAGCAGCUAUACUUGGACAGACUGGUAGCUGUACAAUACAAAAACAUGAGUUUCUCCUGCCAUCAACACAGACAACUCAAGUUGAAGAAGUGUUUAUUGAUGAAUCAGGCAAAAAUGAAUCAGAUGCAUUUAAUAUUAAUAUGGAUAGUUACACAAACUCAGAUUCUGAUAGUGAUGCAGAUUAUCCAGAUUCAGUAACGGAUAACACAGACACAGCUGCAGAUAAUACUGAUUCAGAAAAUAAAACUAAUGAGCCUGCCAAUAACAGCCAUUAUUUUGAUGGAGUAGAAUCAACUAAUAUGGAUCUGAAUUUUGAUAUUAAUAAAAUACCAGCCUUGGCUUUUAACGACUGUACAAAUGUUACUAUUAAUAUUACAUAUAAAUAAUAAAUUAUUGUAAGUUUAUAAAAAUAAUUAACAA